AUGGUUGGUGCUACGUGGCAGUCGUUACUGUGUAACGUCGUUUCGGUGGUGACUUCAAGUUGGGGCCUUUUCAAGUGCACCAAGGUGGUUCUGCCGCCCAGUCUUAGUCAGGCCGGUCACAAGCAGUUUUUGACCAACAUAGCGGUAGCGUUCACCAUUGUUAAUAAUGUGGCCAACAUUGCAAACCACCUUGUCCAAAGGCUAGCUAAAGAUGCGCAGCUGAAAAGAAGAUGGUAUAACAUCAGUCGUCACGUGACCCUGCCAAUAGCGAUGGUUCUUGAAUCUAUCGUAGCAACCGUCUACUGGCCAUUGAGAUUGUUUGCACUGCAAUUCAUCAUGCAGGAUGUUGCCAAGGGCAGAGCACCAAUUCCUUACAAAGUUGACAUCGCAAUUCAUCUUCUGCCGCUGGUCUUUCAACUGUACGAUCACUAUUUGUCUGGCUACGGCUCGAGAUUCAAACUUUCGUAUAAACAUUCGUGGCUUAUCAUUACGAGUUUUGGGCUCUUUUACAAUAGAUAUCUUCAUUUUUUGAUCGUCCCAAACACCAUCCAAAGCUAUCCGUACCCUUUUUUGAAUGUGGAUGAGCCCCUGAGGUCGGUUAUUUUUGUGGUGGUUACUUCAGCUUCAUGUCUCUUCUACGCGUUGUACCAGAGCUUCACUCCCAAGGCCCAGCCGCUGACCAAGAGAGAGUAG